UAAAAAAAAAAUAAAAAAAAUAUGUGCUCGUGCUCGUGCUGUUUCUAAUUUUUUCAAAAUUCAAAUCUAUAGAAUAAUAAUUAUUUUGCUAAAUAUGGUCAGCUAAGAUAUAUCUCAGUCAAUUACGAGUGUAGUUUUGUGAUUUAUAUUUUAUAAUUAAUAAUAAUAAUGGCAGACAACAGUAGAAAUAAAGUCAUGGCCAGAAAAGCUUUUGGGGCUAUUAGCAUUCACUUCGUUUGCUGCAUUUGCUCUCAUUAUAAGUGGAAUUGCAAUGGUCUUGUUUCCUUCAGAAAUGUCAGACAUAGAGGUGAUCAUACAGAAUUAUACAAUAGAAUAUACACACUGUAAGCCUGCGAGUCAAAAUUAUGAUACAUGUGAAGACUUUUUCAAAAGAGACGCAGAAAACGAAAACAACCACUGUCAAUGCUUUGUCUUAACCAAUCUCACCAAGAAUCUGCAAGGGGAAAUUGUUGUGCAUUGCCAGUUGGAAAUAUAUAACCCACAAGAGUCCAAUAUUGACAAUACUAGUGUCAAGAUAGAUGCAGAUGACAUAAUAUCAAAUGCAUCGGGUCAAUGUGAUCCCUACAAGACUGAGAAAACAAUGAUCAAUGAAACUUGUGAGACUAUUCCUGACUCGAUAUUUAAAGAUGAAUUUAAACUAUACACCUAUAAUGUAUCAACGGAACUGUCUGAAAAACAUGUGGCAGAUGUCAAUAAAUCUUUAAGGUGGAGCCUAGACGAAAACAAUUCUAUGAUUGGUCUUCGGAAUAAGAUUACAGUUCUGAUGAAUAGUGAAUGGUUACAAAAUGAAGCGAACAACACGAAAGGCCUCUCAGCCGGACCAUAUCUGUUAUAUUUAUAUAGAUUUUAUCGUAACGAAAACAUCGUACGGCGGUACUUGAUUUUGUCGACGACGCGCGAGGUGGUUCACGUUACAUACAGGUCGACUGUGAUCGACAUCAUUGCACUAGCUUUAGGGCUGGUGCUACUCGCUGCAUCGAUUGCUUUGUUCGCACUACGGAACCGGAUAUUAGGAAUUGAGUCAAAUACCUCAACUUUGGUAGCAGCGGCCGAGCCCACAGCAAAUAAUCGACAAUCUAGAACUCAACCAGAAGAAAGACCUUUGUCUGCCCCCGUUAAUAAUGAGUACUUAUAACUUAUAAGCAGGGUUGUUUGGCUAAGCUGUGAGUCUACAAUUUAGAUAUUAUUUAGACCUACAGACCACAGACAAUUUAAAAAUUAUAAAUUCCCGAAUUACCCCUGCCGGGAACGAACCCGGCGCCUUCCACUUAUAACACCACUGCGCCAGGGAGGUCAAGUGAGAAUGCUCAUUCAAUUCAUGCCUUAAGAUCUUUGCUAAGUGCUGUUAAUAUUAUUAAUGUCAUGAAAGGCUUUAUUAUAAUACCAGAACAAAAAGUAGCUUGGGAUACAAGCAAAUUGCAUCAAAAAGAUGGGCCGUCAGAAGCUAGCAAUCAGACAGACAGAUAAAGUUUCGCAUUUAUAAUAAUAAGUAUCUAUACAUAUAGUAUAUUGUACAGUUUUCAAUACUAUAACAGUUAGAUAUGACAUAUUUUUUACACAAUUUAUACAAGGUUAUUCAGAAAAAGAGUCACUACACCAGGGUGUCACAACUUUUUAAUAGUUUUUAAGAUAAUUUAAUUGUGAAGAAAAAAUUGAACUGUUCCAUACAUAAGUAAUAAGAUCACUCGACUAACGAUAUAGUUUUUUUUUUUUUAAUUAAGAUUUGGACCUAACUGCCAUAGAAAAAAACCGGCCAUAA